UCAUUUAAAAUUGUCAUUUUUUUUAAAUUUCAUUUUCCUAAACCGUUUUCUAACCUGCUGCGUAAAUUAUCCUAAACUGCUAUGAAAAGUCAAAUCUGAUGUUAAUUUGAGAAAAGAUGGAUCCCUUCUAGCCGUAACCCUGGAAUCGACGCGCUGUUUGACGUAAUGCUCCCAUGUAGCCAGUUUUCAGCAAGGUAGACAGCGUUCAGCACUGCGAGGAUUUGUCGGUAAGGGAGUCUAGAUACAAUUAGUGAAGGCUGAAGGUCUCAGUGACAUGGCCAACCCUUUGAGGAGAGAGGUUAGACAGCUGUACAAGAAUCUACUGUAUCUGGGACGGGAAUACCCCCAAGGAGCAGAGUACUUCAGGGAGCGUCUGAACAGUGCCUUUAUGAAGAACAAAGAUGUCACAGACCCUAAGGAGAUCAGAAAGCUUGUCGACUGUGGAGAGGUUGUGAUUAAGGAACUGGGGACCCUGUACUAUCUGAGGGAAUAUAGAACCAUGAAAAAGCGUUUCUACGAAGAAGAAUUGUUAGGCCUGCUGAAUAUAGGCAGACCGAUAGACUGAUAGCCUAGAUGUUUGGCAGCUGAAUCUUCAGUAUGUGGGUUGCUCCAUGAAUUGAGAACAUUUGGAGUUGUUUAACAUGGUCCCCCAAAAAUAAUGAUUGUGAGCAACAGGAAAGGGGAUUCGAAUGCAAGCUGUUUUAAAAAUAUUUCUAACCUAUCUAUGGGUUGACAUGUUAUGCACGAUGAGCUCUGAUUGAAUGAAAUGAGAAGUCCUAGAGUACCCUCUUCCUUUUGUCUUCUCUCACCUAUUCUUUCUGAAGUUGCUCCUUUUCAGCCUUAAUGAGCUUGCCUCCUUUCUUUUUGGCAGACUUGAACCAAAUCAACAAUUCAACUUGAUGAAUAUAAAUGUGAUCAUAAACAAAUUUGCAAGCUA